GCUGACGGUCUCUGUGCCUCUUCAGCGGCGGCUGCGGCUCCUCCCCCGGGGCCCUCCGGGUCUGGCCCCGCCGAGCGCCGGCGCGGAGGACAGAUCCCGGUCCCAGGGCGCUGGAUGUGCCGGGCUGUGGCCGUCCCGGGGGAGCCGUGGCCGUGCCGUGCCGCCAGCGAUGAUUCCCCGCUGACAGGUACAGCCCCGGCCGCCUGCCGCUCUCCGGUCACCGCGGAAAUCCCGCCGCUGCCCGUUUGCCCCGAGCUCUGCAGCUGCCCUCUCCCGGGAAGCACCAUGUCCCCGGGGGAUGUGGAGCCACCCGGUGCCUGGCCCAGCAGAGCAGCUCAGCAGCAGCCCUGGCUGCCUUGGCGGGCCACCAUGGACCAGCCCACUCGUGUGCCUGGGCCCUGCCGGCUUCUGGGCUGCUUCAGGCGGAAGCCACAGGCUGUCAGUGGGGACGCACCAUCAGAACCGGAGCCAGAGGCAGAGGAGCCCCAGGAGACGCGUGUGGUGAUGCCCCUGGACGAGGGCCAGGCACUGGAGGAGUGUCCCCUGUGCCUGCUGCCGCAGCCCCCCGAGGCCUUUCCCAGCCUGGCCUCCUGCUCGCACCGCUCGUGCCGGGCCUGCCUGCAGCAGUACUUGCGCCUGGCUGUCAGCGAGAGCCGCGUGCCCGUGUCCUGCCCGCACUGCCCCGCCGCGCUCCAGCCCUCCGACGUGCACCGGCUCCUCCCUGAGCCCGCCCUGCGCGACAAGUAUGAGGAGUUCCUGCUGCGACGGCUGCUGGUGGCUGAUCCUGGCACCCGCUGGUGCCCUGCGCCUGACUGCAGCUACGCUGUCUUUGCCCAUGGCUGUGCCGAAUGUCCCCGCCUCACCUGUGGGCGUGAGGGCUGUGGCACCGAGUUCUGCUACCACUGCCGGCAGCCCUGGCACCCUGAUGGCCCCUGUGCACCGACCCCCAGCCUGGCCACCCCCACAGCACAGCUGGCCCAGCCGGAGGAAUUGGCCCACGCUGAGGCCGAGGACAUCAAGGUCUGUCCUCGCUGCAGCGCCUUCAUCAUGAAGAUCAAUGACGGGAGCUGCAACCGCAUGAACUGCACGGUCUGUGGCUGCCUCUUCUGUUGGCUCUGCCUGCAGGAGAUCUCUGACGUGCACUUUCUGAGCCCCUCUGGCUGCACUUUCUGGGGGAAGAGGCCGUGGUCACGGACCCGGAGGAUCCUGUGGCAGCUGGGCAUGGUGCUGGGAGCGCCCAUGGUCAUCUCCCUUGCUGCGGGUGUUGCUGUCCCUGUCAUUGCCAUUGGGAUCCCCAUCUACAUGGGUAGGAAGGUGCUGGGCCAGAGCCGGCGAAGCAGCCUCUCCGGGUGCCAGCAGUGCCUCUCUGUCACCAGCAGCGUUCUCCUGUCUCUCUUUGUAUCCCCUAUCAUAACAGCUCUCACUGUGGGCGUCGGUGUGCCCCUGGUGCUCACCUACGUGUAUGGGACCGUGGUGCUGUCGCUGUGCCGGAGCCGCUGGGGCUGCAGGGCCGGCCGCACGCCUGGGGACCUCGGCGUGGUGGAGCUGGACAACCUGGCCAAGCUGAACGAGCUGUGGUCGGUGCUGCCCAGCCCCAGAGCGGGUGAGGACGGAGCCUUGGACCCCACCGCCUCCCUCCCCAGCAGCAGCCGCAGUCCACGCCCGGGGCCGGUGUGGCCAGAACGGGACAACCAGUCAGCCAGCACAGUGGCCCUUGCGGGGAGCAUGCUGAGCGAGGGCCAGGACGCCUCUGACAGGGAAGGUGUCACCAUCGAGGUGGAGGUGUCCGUGGAAGCGGUGCCACGUUCUGCUCGGCAGCAGAGCCUCAGCAGUGCCCUGUCUGGGCAGAGCCUCUCUGGGGACUCCCUGGGAGCCACCAGUGACAGGGGCAGUUCCGUGGGUGUCCCUGUGGAGUGAUGGAGGCCUGAGGGGGAGAGUCAUGAUCCACACACAGGCCCUAUGCCCUCCUGUGGCAGAGCCAGGCCCCCUCUGCCAACACACCCAGCCCUGGGAGCUGGGUCCUGGGUGGGUGCCAACUGCCCCCAGCACUGCUGUACCCUGCACUAGCCCUGUCUGCCCCUUUCCCAGAGGCACCACUAGGAAAUAAAGCUGCUUACCGAGGGUC